AUGAUUUAUUUGAAUAGUAAAUUGCGGGAACAACUCAAGAUUGGACUUGACUCAGCAUCACGCAUAUUCCAAAACCUUAAUGGAGUCACUGACGAUGUGGAACUGCAGUUCGAUGAAGAUACUGGAGCAGCCCUUGCCUACAAUGCAGCAUACAACACUCAUCCGGCCAUUUUACAUGGCAAUGGGCCAAGUAAAAGUCACCUCAACUAUCUUGCGAACUACAUACCCGGACGAUGGUCUUCUGUGAGCGGGUGCGCAUUCUGCGGAAAGAAGCAGAAACUUGACCUUUCAGUGGGAAUUUAUGGAGAUUAUUCAAAAUUUGAAAAAUUAUUUGAUGAGGGCAUCUUCACCUGCAUCAAAGACCCAACAGAUUUUCCACUUAUUACCGUAUCCAUCUUCAUUGCCAAACCAAUACCAUUCAUUGAAGAGAUGCUCGAAGCAUUUGCUGGUUUGGAUUACCCAAAAAAGAAGAUAGCUCUUUACAUUUACAAUUCUCAGCGAUUUAACAUCAAAACGGUAUUUGACUGGUUUAAUUAA